AUAGCGCUGAAUGUUUUAUAUCCAUCUCUAAUGAAUGCAUGAAAGAUUUAACUUUAUUGUGGUGUUAUGAAGAUUCAUGGAAAUGUUUCGGUUAAAGUACCUCUGAUAUUCAGAGUAACACUGAAAAUCAGGAGGGUGCAAAAACGUUUUCCACACCACUGUUCUUGCCAGUUCUAUGUUUAUUUAUCCUGCCUUUUAAUUAUUCUUAUGAGGUGGCAUACAUUAUCUUCUCCAAAGAAAAUCUUGACAUAUUUCCUCUUACGUCAGUGCCGGGUUCAAAUCGCUUUCCAGGAGCUUGAUGUUACAUAAUAUACAGAAAGAAUGUUUAGGCAUUCAUCAGUAGAUAUCAUGUGUCGGCCAAGACCUUGCUCAGUGAUGUACAGUAUUCUCUGAGCAAAUACUGCAGCCAAUCAGAAGACAGAUCUCCCAAGGGUAAUCUAAGUGAGAGGGAGGGCAUAGUAUCCCCUUGUGACCCAACUGGGGAAUGAAGGGCUCAAAGGAGCAAUGGCCUCCAAGCAGUCACAUCUCGCAGAAGACCUGUCAUGCCCCAUCUGUGGAAAUAUCCUACAAAAGCCCGUAGUGCUGUUUUGCAGGCAUCGCUUCUGUAAACUCUGUCUGGAGAGCCUGUGGAAUGGUGGAGGAUCUUGCGAAUGCCCCCUUUGCUGUCAGCCAUCAUCUAUGGGGGAGCUCAUAGUCAACACCACACUUGAAAAGACCUGCGAGGGCUUUCUGGAGCGCUGCAAAAAUGACCCUCUUGCGUGUAAGGAGCAUGGCGGGACCUUGACGCUCUUUUGUUUGGAGGACCUGGAACCCACUUGUAGCACAUGCAAAUCAUCUGCCAACCACAAGAGUCACAGGUUAUAUCCCUUAAAUGAAGCUUCACAUGACUGCAAGGAGGAACUCAAAAAUGCUUUGAAACCACUUCAGCAUAAACUGAAGCUCUUCCAAAAAGCAAAACUCACUUGUGAGCAAGCAAUAGACCAUAUUAAGAGUCAGGCAGAGAACACAGAGAGGCAGAUACGAGAGGAGUUUGAGGCACUGCACCAGUUCCUGAGACACGAGGAGGCGUCCAGGCUUUCGGUGCUAAAGCAGGAGGAGGAUCAGAAAAGGCAGAUGAUGAAUGAUAAGAUUGAAGAUUUGGACAAUGACAUCUCUUCACUUAGCAACACUAUAAGAAUUGUUGAACAGGAGAUGAGAUCUCAGGAUAUCCCAUUCCUCAAGAAUUAUAAAGACACCAUAAAGAGAACCUGGCGUAUUCCCCAGGACCCAGAGAUGAUAACAGGUUCACUGCUUGAUGUAGCCAAACAUCUAGGCUCAUUAAAGUUUAAAGUCUGGGAAAGAAUGAUGGAAACCAUUCGAUAUACUCCAGUGACUCUUGAUCCAAACACUGCGGCAAGCUGCUUCCUCCUGUCGGAGGAUCUGACUACAAUACAGUGCUGCUCUCAGACCUUUAAACUCCCAGAAAACCCUGAGCGCUUCGAUAUAGGUGCAGAGGUGCUGGGCUACGAGGGCUUCAGCUCUGGGCGACACAGCUGGGACGUGGAGGUCAAAAACAACACUUACUGGGUCAUUGGAGUUGCAAGCGCAUCCAUCAGCCGGAAGGGAAAGCACGUACUGACCCCUGCAGAGGGAUUCUGGACCAUUAGGCUACGAAACGGAGAGUAUAAGGCCUGUACUGCCCCAUGGUCCCCGCUCACUAUGACUAAGGAGCCGCAGGUGGUGAGAGUCGUAUUGGACAUGAACAGGUCCAGGGUGACUUUCUACGACCCACGAGAGAGAACGCCUCUGUUCACCUUCACGGACAUCAUCACUUCGAGAGCAUUCCCAUACUUCUGCAGCGCCUGUAAGGAGCACCCACUGAAAGUGUUGCCAGCGUGGUUCUCUAUUAAGACAGACUGAGGUGAAGAACGUGCCUCUCAGCGUCUCUUUCCUCAAGUCUCACCUCUCGUGUCAAGCCCGGCUCACACUGAGUGAAUCUGGCCACUAUUUGGUCGUCUUAGACAAAUUUCAAAAAUCCCAAAAAAUUCCUAUAAUCCAAGGCUGAAAUCUGUUGUCUUUGAUUGCUGGUUUGACACGUUCACCGACAGCUGUAUAAUGGCUGUCACGAUUAAAUUUGACCUUGUUUAUGAAAUUCUGGCGGUGUCAGAAGAUUUGGUGCGUACUCCUGCAGUGACUUGUCCUACCAAGAACGCCAAACUGUUUUCAAGACAAGCCAUGAUCAUAAUUAAUGCUAAAGAUUUCUUAUAGCUGCUUAAACUCAGGCUCUCCUGUCCUCUGCUCACAGAAUUCAAACGAUAUGUUGUCUUUGCUGUGAUAAACCCCGGUGGUGCCACUGUUUUCAUUUCCUAGAGCUCUCUGAUCCAGUCAUAGACAGCAAUGAUCCAGAAACAUUUCAGCCUUAAGUGAAAUGCAGCUUUCUUUCUUGCACACAUUCGUUUUUAAUGCGUCUUGACUGUCAUAAAGUCUGACAUUAAUGACAACUGAGAUCCCACAGUGUGACAUGAUCAUCAUGUUUGUACAGUCUGACAAGUAUCAAUCGUGAAGGACUAUUAAAAAUGGCACAAUGUGGGCCCGGCUUUACACAUGUUGCGUGUGGGUGACUUAAGAAAUAAGAAAUUACCUUUAGUUUCACUUGUUUUGGAUUUUAAACAUCCUGAUAGUUGGUAUAGUAGGCAAAAAACAGUGUGUGAAAUAAAUAGGAUUUAUGAAUUUACAGUCUACACAAGUGCCCAGGUGACCUACCGGCGUGAUCCUGAAGUGUGCAUCCAAUGGACACUUUUCAAUGCCAUAAAGCCACAGGAGAGGAGUUGUGAAUGACAAUGUGACAAAGGUAGUAUGGCCAAAUUACAUUUAUGCUACAUUUUACUUUUUUUCAUGGUCGCAAAAUAAUUACUUAUUCAAAAGUGCCCACUCAGAGAGUAUGUGAAACAGCCAAUGUCUUGCUACUGCUGCCACACAAAAUCACAUCAGAGAUGACAGGUGAAAGAGAGAUACUCUACCCGCAUCUGAACACAGUUUGCUUGUUGUUUUGGAUUCCGUAAAAAUCCGUCUUUUGAGUGUUAUUUAUUUAAGUUGAAGGUGAAUAGACAUCGCAAUUUAAUCGUAUUUUGUGAAUUCUUUUGGCCAUGAUUAUUGUGUAGCGAAAAUAUUAUAGAUAUUGUGACAGCCAUUAUAAGAAUUAUAUUAUUAA